CACGUCUCCGUAACGUACUCAGAGAGUGUAUUUUCCUCUUCAUAAUGUGUGCCUAAUGUGUACCUUUAAGAAUCAACAAAGAUUUUCUAUGACAGAAUGAAGUCUGAAACAGCUGGCCACACCGCAUCCAAACCUUCGUCCUGUGAAAAGUCACUCACUGGGACAGGCUCGCCAUCAAACUCAGUCUGAGAUGAAGGCUGAUUGGUCAAUGUGCCCGUAUUUGAUUCUCCUGAUCCUCCACCAGACCUCCAGAUCAGAGAUGUUCCAGCUUCUGGGUCCAGCUGGUCCUGUCAUUGCUGUAGUUGGUGAAGAUGUUGUCCUUCCCACUCACCUCAAACCCAACAUAAGUGCAGAGGAUAUGCACAUAGAGUGGUUCAGACCACAGAACAGAGACCCACUGGUGCAUCUCUACCUUCUGGGAGAGAGCAGGAAUGAGCACCAGAACCCAUCGUACAGCGGAAGGACCACACUCUUCCCUGAGGAACUGAGGAAGGGCAAUACGUCUCUGAGGCUGGGCAGGGUCCAGGUCUCUGAUGAGGGGCAGUAUUCAUGUUACAUUCAGUCCAAGUCUGACAAUAAUUACCGCAUCAUGGUUUCACUGGAAGUAAGAGCUGUAGGAACUGAGCCAGUGAUCUUCAGGGAAGCAGAUGAAGAAGGGGAGGUUGGCCUGCUGUGUGAAUCUAAAGGCUGGUAUCCUCAGCCUGACCUCAUCUGGCAGGACAGUGAGGGUCACAAUCUCACCACUGAGAAACCCGAGAUACUCAGGGACAGCCUGGGCCUCAUUGUCAUAAGAACACGUGUCGUCAUAAAGAGAGAAGGCAGCAGCACAUUCACCUGUCGAGUUCUGCAGCAGAAGCUCAAUGAUGAAAAGGUGACAGAGUUUUACCUCCAUGCUGUGAAGACUUGUGAGUCGUGA